UGCGCUGUGUGAGGAGUAAAAAGCUCGGCGGCUGACAUACACACACACGGAGCCUGACUGUCUGACACAUACACACACGUACUGAUUCCCGCUGCAAACAUGAUGAAGUUUGUGCCCAAACUGCUGCUGCUGGUGUUGUUAGCUUUCCCGGCAACUCUGCUAAUCAAAGGGCCGGCGGUGAGCGCUCAGGAUCUGACAGAGGACGAGGAGGCCGAGGCCGUUGAUGAAGACGUUGUGGACGACGCUGCAGCUGAGGACGAGGACGAUGAGGCGGAAGUGGAAGACGACGAGAACACGGAAUUAACGGAAGAAAAGGAGGAUGAGGAGGAAGAAGCUCUGGUCGGAGAGAUGAAGGCUUCCCCUAACGCUGAUACCACUAUCCUGUUUGUCAAAGGAGACGACUUUCCCGCCAACAACAUCGUCAAGUUCCUGCUCGGCUUCAACAACAAGGGAGCGGAGAACUUUGUUGUGGAGUCUCUGGAUGCUUCUUUCCGUUACCCACAGGAUUAUCAGUUCUACAUCCAGAACUUCACGGCUCUCCAGCUGAGCACAGAGGUUCCUCCCAGCAAACAGGCCACCUUCGAGUACUCCUUUAUCCCCGCGGAGCAGAUGGGAGGGCGGCCGUUCGGACUCGUCAUCAACCUCAACUACAAGGACACCAGUGGAAACAUUUUCCAGGAUGCAGUGUUUAACCAGACGGUCACUAUCACUGAGAGAGAAGACGGACUCGACGGAGAGACAAUCUUCUUGUACGUCUUCCUGUCAGGCCUCGGGCUGCUCGUCGUCGUCGGCCUUCACCAGCUGCUCGAGUCCAGAAAGAGGAGGCGUCCAGCUCCAAAGGUGGAAAUGGGAACAUCGAGCCACAACGACGUGGACCUGAGCUGGAUCCCGCAGGAAACGCUCAACCAGAUCAUGCAGAGUCGCCGAGACAAAGCUUCUCCCAGACGAUCUCCACGCAAAAGGAACCAGAAACGCUCGGCCGGCUCAGACGAGUGACCGCUGCCCGUCACCACGGCAACGACUU